AUGGCGGUUUCGCUACCAAGUUUUCCACCGUUCGACGUCCAUGCCGAUGGCAGUGCAGGUCCACGAUGGAAAAGAUGGCUAGGACGCUUAGAACGAAUGCUUAUCGGAAUGAACAUCACAGCUGCGAAAAGGAAACGGGCUUUGUUGCUGCAUUAUGCCGGCACCGACGUAGACGAAAUAUUCGACACCUUACCAAACACUGGCGAAGACGGCGACUAUGACACGGCGGUCGCGAAACUUAACGAGUAUUUCUCCCCACAAGUCAACACCACAUAUGAAGUAUAUAAUUUUCGCCAGACGAAGCAGAAAGAGGGUGAGUCGCUUGAUAGUUUUCACACCAGGCUUCGCCAACUCGCGAAAACCUGCGAAUUCAGCGAUGUUGACAAAGAAAUUAAAGAACAUAUUAUUCUGACGUGCAGUUCCAGCUCGCUUAGACGCCGAGCGCUACGUGAAAACCCAACGUUAGAAGGUUUAUUGAAUCUAGGAAGAGCAUUAGAACUCAGUGAAAAACAAGCGAAAGACGUAGAAGAUACCGGAGGCGAAUUCCAAGCCGUCAACAAAAUCAAACGAAAAGAAGAGAAUCGGCAAAGCCGCCCACGAUACCGGCGUGACACACAAUCACGCAAUCGUCGUUUUGGAAACAAGCAAGGCAAUUCUCCCAGAAAAUGUGGCAAAUGUGGCGGGUACGCACCUCACAAAAAUCCAUGUCCUGCGCAAGGAAAAGUCUGUAAAGCCUGCGGGAAAAUUGGCCAUUUUGCUCAUGUUUGUCGUUCAAAACCUCGUACCGUGGCCUCCGUGGAAACUGGUCAAACCUCUGAUGAAGAAUAUGAGUACGUUUACACUGUCGACCAUCAAGAAAACAAGAAGCCACCCAUAUGUCAGCUACAAAUCAAUGGAAGAAACGUGAACAUGAUGAUCGACUCGGGUGCAUCUGUUAAUCUUCUUGAUGAAAUAACCUUUCAAAGAAUUAACAGUCACGGCAGUGAAAGCCUGCAGCCUGUUCACACCAAGAUUUAUUCAUAUGGAUCUAAAGUCCCUCUUCCUACCCUGGGAAUCCUCACUGCAACCGUGAAAUCCAGUAACGCGAGCACCUCCGCUCAGCUGACUGUUGUUAAAGGAGAAAACGGAAAUCUUCUCAGCUAUCACACUGCAAAGAAACUAGGUCUGAUUGCGGUUUCUAUUAAUACUGCCACCGUCACUGAAAGAAACAAAGACGACCCGGAGUCUCUAAAAGAAGAGUUCAAAUCACUGUUUGGAGGCAUAGGGAAAGUACCAAACAAACAAGUGAAGUUACACAUUGACCCCGAUGUUACACCCCGACAGCAACCCCACAGACGAAUUCCAUUUCAUGUUAGAGACGAUGUCGAAAAAGAGCUUGAGAGACUUGAGAAACUCGACAUCAUCGAGAAAGUUGAAGGGCCCACACCCUGGAUCAGUCCAAUUGUUGUCGUCCCCAAGAAAUCCGGAGAAGUUCGAAUCUGUGUUGAUAUGCGUGAGGCAAACCAAGCAAUUAAGCGGGAAAAGCAUCUCAUGCCAACCAUUGAUGACCUUGUUGCUGAUUUGAAUGGUGCAACGCUUUUCAGUACAUUAGAUCUGUCCUCAGGAUACCACCAGCUUGAGUUAUCACCUGAAAGUCGUUAUGUCACAACCUUCAGUACACAUGCUGGCCUAAGAAGAUACAAACGUUUGCCUUUUGGAAUUAAUGCAGCGUCCGAAAUUUUCCAGGAAAAGAUCAGGGAACUCCUUUCUGGCCUCCCAGGAUGUAAAAACAUCUCAGAUGACAUCAUAGUAUUUGGAAAAGACCAGGAAGAACACAACAAGAAUCUCCGUGGUGUUCUCCAGAGGCUUAAAGAAAAUAACCUCCGUCUCAACAAAGACAAGUGUGCGUUUUCCAAAACUGAAAUCAAGUUCUAUGGUCACAUUUUCAGCUCUGUCGGUGUUAGACCUGAUCCAAAGAAAGUUAAAGCAAUCCACGAGGCACAAUCUCCUCGGAACCAUAGUGAACUGAAGUCUUUUCUUGGUAUGGCACAGUACGUCUCCCGAUUCAUACCAGACUAUGCCACAAUCACGACCCCUUUGCGCCUGCUGACCCGACAGGACACCCCUUGGAAAUGGGAGCAAGAAGAACAAAAGGCAUUGGACAAGCUGAAAGAAGCCCUCGCUGGGGAUCAAGUUAUGUCCUACUUUGAUCCAAGAAAGAAGACCGAAAUCAUUGUCGAUGCGAGUCCAACUGGUCUUGGUGGACUGUUAGUACAAGAAGGCAAAAUUCUUAGUUAUGCAAGCCGUGCUUUGAGUGAUGUGGAAAGUCGCUACUCCCAAACAGAGAGAGAGAUGCUUGCCGUAGUAUGGGGAGUGGAACAUUUUCAUCUGUAUGUUUAUGGUGCCCAGUUUUCUGUUAUUACUGAUCAUAAACCUCUCAUAGGCAUCUUUAAGAACCACAAGCAAACUUCCCCAAGAAUGGACAGGUGGAAACUUCGACUCAUGCCCUACGACUGUCAGCUGAUCUAUCGGCCUGGAAGAGAUGCCGAAAACCCUGCUGAUUACAUGAGCCGACAUCCGUGUCCCACAGCACCAGAAGAACAAAAUUUGGCUGAAGAUUAUGCCAACUAUGUAUGCUCUAAUGCUGUACCAAGAGCAAUGACGCUCGAAGAAAUAAAACACGAAACCAGAAAUGAUGCAGAAAUGCAAGCUGUCGUCAAGGCUGUGGAAACUGGCCAAUGGAAUGUUCCAGACGUACAGAAAUACAAGAAGCUCAAGGAAGAAUUAUCAGUGUUCAAUGGACUAGUAUUGAGAAGAAACAGAAUUGUGAUACCAUUUACUCUCAGAAGUAAAGCAGUAGACCUGGCACAUGGUGGUCACCAGGGGAUUGUCAAAACAAAGCAACUCAUCCGAGACAAAGUGUGGUUCCCCGGAAUCGACAACCUAACAGAAGAGAAGGUCAAAAGCUGUCUUUCAUGUCAAGCUGCAUCGACCAAGUCACCACCGAUUGAACCCCUUCGAAUGACGCCACUCCCUAGCGGACCUUGGAGAGAAGUCGCAGUGGAUUUUGCUGGACCGUUCCCCUUUGGUGAUUACAUCAUGGUUGUAACAGAUGAAUUCAGCCGUUUUCCGGAAGUAGAAAUACUUACCUCAACAUCAGCAAGAGUUGUGAUCCCUAAACUUGAUGCAAUAUUCUCAAGACAAGGGGGAAGGACCAGGUCUUUCCAGUUUUCUUGGAUAGAGAAAUGCAAUGGACUUGUGUACUCUGAGAAACACUGUGGGGCAAACUAUCUUCGUAGUCAUCAAGAUGACAGCAGUGAUGUGGCCAAUGACCUCGACAGAAACCAUGGAAACUUUCUGGCACUGCUACAGUAUAGGGCAUGUGGAGGCAAUUCAAUCCUGGAUGAGCACUUCAAUUCAUGUGCUGGGAAUGUGAUAUACACAAGCAAGACAAUCCAGAAUGAGCUGAUUAUGAUCUGCAGUCAUUUGAUCAGAGGCUUGAUCCUGGAGGAAGUAAGGGAAGCCUGA